AUGAAGGCGACUCCGUUGAUCAUAAAUUGGCACCACGAUAAUAACAACCCGUACCCGAUUUACUCUGCCCACUUUGAACCCAACGGUAAAGGCCGCCUAGCGACAGGCGCCGGUGACAACAAUGUCCGACUGUGGAAGAUCGAAGAUGAUGGUGACGGUCCGAAGGUCGACUACCUAGCCACCCUCGCCAAGCACACUCAGGCAGUCAACGUCGUCCGCUGGGCUCCCAAAGGCGAGGUCCUUGCAUCUGCUGGCGACGACGGGAACGUGAUCUUAUGGGUCCGAUCCGAAACCCACCACCCAACCUUUGGCUCCGAAGGCCUCGAUGACAAGGAAACAUGGCGGACGAAGCACAUGUGUCGGUCGCUUGGCACGGAAAUUUACGAUUUGGCAUGGUCGCCGGACGCCUCAUUCUUCAUAAUCGGCAGCAUGGACAAUGUCGCGCGGAUCUACAAUGCCGGAACAGGAACUCUUGUGCGUCAGAUUGCCGAGCAUAGCCACUACGUCCAGGGCGUAGCGUGGGACCCGCUGAAUGAGUACAUCGCGACACAGUCAUCAGACCGGUCUGUGCACAUCUAUUCUCUGAGGACGAAGGACGGGCAGUACACACUUCACAACCAUGACGACAAGCCCUCAAAGCUCGCCAGCCAUGCCAAGACGGACCUCCCCCCUCGGCGGAUCCCCUCCAGCAGCCCGGCCCCUCCCGAUACGGGAUAUCGGUCGGUCCUUACGGCGGUGGAUUCUGUCCCGGGCGUCGCGGCGGGCUCGCCUGUCCCCUCGGCCCCGGGAACGCCGACGUCGAUUGCCCUGCCCAUGAACCCUCCCAGCACCAUCACGCAUAGCAGGCGGACAUCGUUCUCGUCGAGACGUUCCGUCUCGCCCGCUCCAUCCAUGCCCCUCCCGGCGGUGAUGCCUAUCGAAGCCUCGCCGAAGCCGCACCACAACGGCAUGAGCAUGGGCGUGAAGAAUGCCAGCCUCUAUGCCAACGAGACGCUGACCUCGUUUUUCCGAAGGCUCACAUUUACGCCUGACGGGAGCCUUCUCCUCACGCCCGCUGGGCAGUACCAGACCCAGCACCAAGUGGAAGGCGCGAAGCCUACGUACGAGGUCAUCAACACGGUUUACAUAUACACUCGGGGUGGUAUAAACAAGCCCCCCAUCGCGCACUUGCCAGGCCACAAGAAGCCGUCGGUUGUAGUGCGAUGUUCCCCGGUCGUGUACACCCUGAGGCAGUCUCCUCCGGUCACCAAGAACAUCACCAUCGACACGUCAUCUGCCGAAGAGCCCAUCCCGUCGCUCCCAGAGCCUCUCUCUAACCCUCCACCGGGCCCGUCGGUUAUGGAUCCGCCGCCUGCGCCGGUUUCGGCAGAGGCAUCUGGCUCUACUUCAAAGCCGUUGAGCUUGGAAACCGGCGUGCAAGGUCAAGGGCCGAAGUCCGUGUUUGCAUUGCCGUAUCGGAUGGUGUACGCUGUGGCGACCCAAGAUUCAGUCUUCUUGUACGACACGCAGCAAUACACGCCUAUAUGUGUCGUGAGCAAUCUUCAUUGUGCCACGUUCACGGACUUGACUUGGUCGAGCGACGGCUUGACACUGUUGAUCUCGUCGUCGGAUGGGUUCUGCUCGACGCUGACGUUCGAGCCCGGUGAACUCGGCACCGUGUAUACGGGAGAAAUUGGGCCUCCAAAAGCGCCGGCAGCGAACGCAUCCAGCCAGAACACGCCGGCGCCAACGCCCACCUCUGUGCUCGCGCCUCCCUCGCCGUUCCCGAACGGGUCUCAUCACAGGCACCGGGACUCUGCCAGCUCGCUCACGGCGCCGUCGCCGCCGCCGCCGACAGCCUCCUUUGUCAACCAGCGGGCAGCGUCCCCAGCGCGGUCGACCUCGAGCGCGGCGUCCCAGACGGGCGUGCUUAGCAACCCGCCCCUCAUCGCCGGACAGGUGCCCAGCAUAGCCGCCACGAACUCGAGCAAGGUCGUAGGUCUCCCGGUUACGACGCCGCCCGAGACCCCCGGGACAUCGUUUACCGGGUCCACGGGCACGAAGAGGGACCCGGCCGAGGGCGAGACGGACGAAGCGUCCGGCGGCAAGCCCAAGCGGAGGCGGAUUGCGCCCACGCUGGUAACGCAGCCCAGCACCAGCGGCGAUGAGUCCAAGACAUGACGUUCUGUGGGACGUUUGUUGGCGGGAUAAAAAUAGUCGGGUCUUCAUAGGGCGUGUGGAAUAUACGAAGGAAAGGAUGGCGUUGGGGAUUAGGGGGCCUCUUUUUUGUGGAAAACUGGAAUCGGCACGGUCUGUCUGUCUCGUCUCUGCUGACACGACCUAGCAAAGCCUCUCAUUACUCAGUACGGAUUGCAUUGCUCCAAUUGGCUGGGCAGGAUUUGUUUGCAUUUUGGCGGUGGUGCUGGCAGGGUAGCGAUCGGUAUUUUGUUCCAUUUUCUUUCAUUCUUUUCAUUAUUCUUCUUUCCUUCUUCUUCGGUUCUUUUACCCCUUUAUUUUUAUUUUUAUUUUUUUGUCUCUCUGCAGUUUAACCUAGUAUGUCACCUUGCAACAACCCUAAGACGAAGUCGGGAAACAUGAUAUGAAAUAUGU